CUGCAGCUGAAAGAAGCCCUGAGUAGCUUGUCUCAUUCCCAGUGUGCAGCUCAGCAAGGGGUCCGUCCUCUCUGUCACUGUCUCUUUUGCCUGUUGUAAUUCCGUCUGCCUCUCUCUGACUCUGCCUGUCUCACUUUCUGUUUGUGCUCUCCUCACCCUUGUUCCUUCAGCUUGAAUCACAGCCCCUCUGUCUUUCUGCCCUCAUGCAUUUGUCUUUGUUGCGCUUUCUGUCUUUCUGCCUUGACACCAUCCCCUUUCCCAGUGCCUUCCCUCUACUUCUAUAAGGCUUAAUUGCUUAGGCAGGGAAAUAGAGGCUAAGGGCCUCUCUCCUGGCUUCCCUCUUCAUCUUACUGAGCCUGCCAGUCAGGAGGGCUGCGGGUCCUGCAGCCGUGGGUGGCCUACAGCCAAAGGAGGGAGGAGCCCAUCCGGGCGGGAUUGGCCCUAGGUCCACCUCAAAAAGCCUGGGGCAAGGGGCGCGACGCGUUCUGGAUGAACCCUGGAGGGCCUGUUUGGUCCGACAGACCCCACAGGCUCAGCAGGGAUUUGCGGUGUCAUGCCCCGGAGCCCCCGGACCGGGCCGAGCUGGGCGCUGUUGCUGCGGCUGCUGGCACUGCUGCGGCCGCCAGGGAUGAGCGAGGCGUGCAGCUGCGCCCCUGCGCACCCCCAGCAGCACGUCUGCCACUCAGCGCUCGCCAUACGGGCCAAAAUCUCCAGUGAGAAGGUAGUUCCUGCCAGUGCAGACCCCACUGACACUCAAAAAAUGAUCCGGUAUGAAAUCAAACAGAUAAAGAUGUUUAAAGGGUUUGAGAAAGUCAAGGAUGUUCAGUAUAUCUAUACACCUUUUGAUUCCUCUCUCUGUGGUGUAAAACUAGAAGCUAACAGCCAGAAGCAAUAUCUCUUGACUGGUCAGAUCCUCAGUGAUGGAAAAGUCUUCAUCCAUCUGUGUAACUACAUCGAACCUUGGGAGAACCUGUCCUUUUUGCAGAGAGAAAGUCUGAAUCACCACUACCAUCUGAACUGUGGCUGCCAAAUUACCACCUGCUAUACAGUGCCCUGUACCAUCUCCGCCCCCAAUGAGUGCCUCUGGACAGACUGGCUGUUGGAACGGAAGCUCUAUGGGUACCAGGCCCAGCAUUAUAUCUGCAUGAAGCAUGUCGAUGGCACCUGCAGCUGGUACCAGGGCCGCCUGCCCCUCAGGAAGGAGUUUGUUGACAUCAUCCAGCCCUAGUAUGGGCCAAUGACCACCACUUUCCUUCAAGAGUCCUGAAGCCUAAGCCAGUUCUCCUUCCCUGUGGAGCUCUGGCCGUCACCACCUGUCUCAUCACUGCCAGCCAAUGGGAAGUACCAAGUAGAUGAUGUGGCUAGUGUUAGGGCAGGGAUGGGGCUUAUUACAACUUGUAUCCAAACACCAUCCCAGAACCUGUCAAAGGCCAGGAAAAGUCACUUGACUUUUCUAGCCUGCCUUUAGCCGAUCUCCCCUGCUUUCCAAACCCUUUCAGUCUAGCUAAGCCCUGCUACUGAAGUUUUGAUUCUGGCUAGUUUGUUUUCUAUAGCCAGAACUAUUCACUUUUCUCCCUGGGAGAAUGUGUUUUCUCUUACUGUAACUGAUCUGAUAAGGGAGAAAUGGUGAUUAUUAUACAUAUGAGAUGAUGUGGCCUUGUGAUGUACAAUACCAGAAGGUGGGCUGACAGAAUCAGAAACAAGCUGAUUUGGAGGAGUGAAAAGAACAAUACACUAUGGCUGUAUGUCCUCUACUCAUAUCCCACUCAUCCUAAUCCUCUCAUAUACUUUCAUCUGUUUGGGGGAGAGACUUGAGGGGUGCAGAGUCAUUCAGGGGGAGACCUGCAGUGGCCUAACCUUCCUCCACAUGCUGUAAUUCCCCUCUACGUCAUUCCUGGCAGAGGAUCUGGCCCAGUUAGCAUACCUCUGUGGACAAGAAUAGACUUAGGUAUUACCUCUCCAGGUUAAUUAUCCUUAAUGCCUUCAACUGAUGUGCAUAAAGCUUCUCCUGUUUCUUUUAGAAAGUCCUUCUCUACUCAAUUACUAAUGUUUUCAUUCCUAAUUCAGAAUUUUUUUAAGCCAAAAAAAAAAAAGCCUUUCUCUUGUAGAGAUGAAAUUCCUCUUUAGCUCUUAACACCUCAGAGAGAUCUUAGGAGGUCCUCUCUUGAGGGAAAAUUUCAGGAUAGAGGACAGGAGAGAAAUAACACAAGGGCCCUUGGGGGAAAAAGAUGGGAACAUACUUUGCAACUCUUACAACUGUUUUCAGUGAUCAGCCCUGCUAGGCGUUAUGGCAGGAAAAAGCCAGCUUUGUUCCCUGUCUGCUCCUCAGCUCAGUCCCCUCACCACUGUGUAUUAGAGUCCCUGAGAACUCCAAGGCACAGACCCCUUAGGGUUCCUUAGACUGUGCAAGGCUUCCUGGCUUGCCCUGAAAGGGAAAGCCCUUAUGCUCAUCUCAAGAAUUUAUUAAGGAUGAGGGCUUAAAGUUCCAGAGCCUUGCCCUGGCAAAAAUGAAGAAGGUAGUUCUUUUCAAGGCUCAAGGAUGCUAUUCAUCUUUUAUGUGUGGUUUGGCCCGUGCACAAUACGCCAGAUAAUUCACAGAAAUGGUUCAAAUGGAGAUCCCUUUUGGAGUAGGGAGUGGGAGGGGAAAUAAACAUGAUCUCUGUCCCAGAGUACAAUACUGGAAUGCUAUGGCAGUAAGUCUUCAUUGGUGGGUUAAGCAGGAUCACCAACAGACCAUGCAACCCUGGGGCAGAGGAUGUGGGGACAGAGAGAAAGAAGGGAGUUAAACUGGAGCUAGAAGUUGUCAUGAAGGACAAACAUUAGCAAUAGCCUCUGUCCCAGCCAACCAAACCAUCUCUCUGCUCCUUCUGAUAUCCUAGUAUGGCCUCAGAGAAGGCAUAGUGUUAAUCCAGUCUGACUGUAAUCUUGAGGAAGCCAAGGGAAGGGCCUGGUGAAAAAUAAUAGGAACAAUACCUUACAUCUGAGGAGUGCUUCACACUUUUCCAGAAGGCUAUUACUUAAAGAAUUUCAUUCACAUUUUGUAAGUACUAUAUUAGAUAUCCUGGUCAGGAAUAAUUAUGUGCAUUUAACAUUCCGAGUGGGAAACUGACAUACAGGGAAUCUAACUAGUCCAGUGACCUGUGGCAGGGCCAGAGCUAGAACCCAAAACAGUGGGAUCUUCUGAUUGCUGAUCCAUAGGUUUGUUACUUUCUCAGCUUGAUAAAAUGCCCUUGUUUCUGCUCUUCACUAUUCAGUCUCCAAUAACCCCUUGGAGACAAGGGGUUAUCAGCUAAAAUUCAGCUGCUCUAGCCCCACAAAGCAGGUCCACAGUUCAACCCCAACAGAGUGUCUUUUGAAAAUGCUGAGGCCCUCUUUUGAGCCCCAUAAUCACCAUGAGGCUAAGCUCAGAAUGUAAACAGCAGAGGGACUAGAGUCCCCACUCAAUCACCUACCAUCUCUUUAUGGUUGGGGUAGUAUGUCUGCUCAAUGAGUGGGAACUUUUCUCCUCCCAAUGUCUUGUAGAUGGCGACCAGCUGGGCAAACUGCAAAAGAGAAGCAAAUGUUUCAGCUUAUCUAGACAACUGGAACAGACAAACAUCAAUCUAUAUAACAAACAUUUAUUGAGUAUUUGCUCUGUUGGGGGCUUUGUGCAAAACACUCUGAGGAUAUAAAAGAGGUGCACAAUUCUUAUUUUUAGGGAACAUAUGCAUUAGUUGGGGAAGGGAGAGAGAAUGAAGUAACAUUCAUUACCGAAUGAAUUUUAUAAUUAUACAAUUUUAAUGAUAUUCAGUCCUCAUACCAAAUUGAUGAACUAGGUAUUUUAUCCUCUUCAUUUUACGUAUGAGGCUCAGAGAAAGUAGAAAAGUUGCCUAAAGUCACAGAGCUGCAAAGAGAUGAAGCUGGGAUUGAAAUUUGGGUCUCUAACUCUAAAACACUCCAGAGAUGGCAAGUGAUAAAGCUGGGUAGGUAACAUGGGGCCAAGUCUUGAAAGUUCAAAUGCUAGGAAAGGAAUGGUAGCUUUUUUCUGCAGGCAGUAUGGAGUCAUAAGAAUUUAAGCAGCAGGUUAUGAAUAAAGCUGCUCUUUAGGAAGAUUUUGAUGCUCAUGGUAUGCAGGAUAGACAGACCCAGUCUCUCCAGGACUUCCUAUUCAUCUAAGAACUCAACUCACUGGACCCUUUACCUAUGAGAAACCAAAAUAACUCUAUGAAGAAGAGGUGAGAUACACAUACUUACAAUGUGAGGGUUGAAAAGCCUUUGGCAAACAUCUAGCACCUCCUGGAGCACCUUGCUCCCACAGUUUAUAAGGAAGAAACUGAAGCCCAGUGAGGUCACUUGCCCAAAGUCACAUAAUACUUAAGCUGGAUUCAUAACCAAGGCUCCUUUAUUCCUAAUAUAUAACUCUUCCUACUCUUUCACGUAGCUACCUUUUAUACUCUGCAAAGACCAUGCUCUUCCCACAGGAAACACACAGGACUUUUCUGCUCCAUCCAUUCAUACACCCUACCCACACACCUAUCCCCAGUGCACUGGCAGUAGGGGUAAUCCAGCAUCUUCCCUCUAGUGCUACUAGGUUAGUUUAUACUCUAAGCCACUGAUACCUGGAACUGCUAGAAGGAAAAGUUGCCAGAUCAAACGUGCCUUCCAUUUAUCAGAGAAAGAAAAGCUAGAACAUCUUUCAAAAGCUCAGGUCCUAUUCUGUAUAAGGGAUGUUGGUGUAUGAGCUAGUGAGGAUGGUGGGGAGGGGGGAGAGGGGAAUGAGGGGAGGAGUAAAAGCUCAGAACAGGGAUUUUAGAAAACUGGAGUCUUCUGGUUCUUGUUCUGCCUUGAACUUGCUGGGUGCCCUUGAACAAAUGAUUUCUCCUUUCCAGGCCUCAUUUUCUUCAUAUAUAAAAUGAAAGGAAUGAAUUUGAUCAGUUCUUCAAACUUUUUACCAUAAAGGAAUAUCAUUUUAUUAUAUUUCCUCCCAAACUCCAUCAUCAAACUGCAGUUUAAGUGAUCAUAUGUUGUGGUUCUUUUGUUGGCAAAGACAGAAUUUUCCUAUUAUUUUUGAAAUGCUGGAAAAUGUUGGAAUUUCUGGGUCAUUCCCCUUUGUGACACGGCUAGUGACUCUGGAUCUUGAAGUCCUCCAGGACUGAAACUAUGAGUCAGGGACUCUCAGGCCCCCAAGAUUUUAUUAUUGAAAGACACUUCACAGAGUCUCUGGACCAGACAUCUCAUUUUACACAUGAAGAGACUGAGGCUAGAGAAGCAAAGGAAAGCAUAGGCCCCCAGAUGAUACCUGGAGUUGGGACAGCACCCAGGUAGGUCUCUUCCUGCCCACUGCAUUCUCCACUGUAUACCCUGCUGUCCUUGCCAUUCUUUGGUUUGUCAACUUGCUUUGACUGUCAAGACCAACCCCUCAGACUUUUCCUGCCUUCUCUGAUUCUCUCCAUCACCCCAUCUGACCUUUAAGUCCUGUCUACCCACCUUGGCCAGGCUGGACUCCUGUUCUGCCUCUGGAUACCUUCCUGAGCUCCCAACGCUCUCCAGCAUUGCCAGCAAACUAAUGCCAGCUCUGCCUAACAACCUCUGUCCUGCUGCAGCCCACGCAUUGGCAUGGCACCAAGGCAUGUGGGGUUUUAUCUUUCCAGCAUGUGGGAGAGUUACACAGACACCACAGCGAUGCCAGGAAGGCCCACGGCGGAAUCCCAGAGUCCUGGGACAGCAAGACUAAAAUGGCAGCCAGUUCCCAGGCACUAGUUAGAUCCCUGGGAGCUCACCCCACCCUCCUCCACUUUAUCUCUGGCAGUCCCUGUCUGCUCAAGGUACUGGGUUUGGCAUCUAACCCCUGCCUCCUUGGAAACUUAGAUGAAGUCACAAGCACACAGUUACCAAUUAAACAAAUGUAAUAUCUGAUAAGGGUUAUUUCCUCUAUGCAUAGACAAUGGAUUUAGGUGCUGGGGGUGAUGUUGGCAAUGAAUAGGAAGAUAAUGUUCAUUUUACCACUUCUUCAGAGAAUUGGGAAAGAUUUUUUGGAAGAAAUGAGAUUUCAAGAUAAGUCUGAAUUUAGUAAGUUAUCCUUAGCACUUCUGGAAAUAAAUGCUUUAAUUCAACUCUCGUGCUUCUGUCUCUAAAAAACUUAGAUAGAGUGAUAGGAUUUUUAGAUAAAAUUGCAGCAAUAUGGGAUGGUGGCAUUCUGGCUUCUGGAAUGCUACCUUCAUUGAUAGGGCUACUUCUGUUUCCAAAAUCCCAGUGUGCCUGCCUUGACCAAGCAGGUCUCUUGACCAUAGCAGAUAUGGUCAGAGACAUGGUGAUGCAAGGUAGAGCCUUGACAAUCCAACUGAAGCCUCACACUGAAAGCGGCCUGAGUUCGCAACGCAAUAAAGAAAUAUAGAAAAUAUGAACCAAAGUCAUCAUUUCAGAGGGACCUUCCCUUCACAGUCACCAAAUUUGUUCACUCCUAUUAACAGGCAAAGAACAAUAUAUAAAAUGUCAUUAGUGUGGCAGCUGCCUAAUGAAAAUGAAGGGAGAACUUGGUGUCUGGCCAGGGAGCCUUGCAGUUCUCAUGUGAUGCCAAAGGCAAUGUGCUGGGAUUAUGAAUGGGUGAGAAUGUGAACCCUCACCAGAUCCCAGAUCCCAGGAGGGGCAAAGCCCUAGGCACAGGCUCCCUGAUCCUCCCACCCUGGCCUCUGGCAUAGUUUUGGAACAUAAAGCAGAGGACUAGUUUCUUUAAGGGAUCCCAAAUACUAGGGGACAGUAACAACCAGGCUGACAAACUGGUGACAGUCACUGCUAUUAUUCCUACUUUACAGACAAAGAAACCAGGCACAGAGAGGUUUAGUUAGAAGAAAAAAACUAAUAAUAGCAGAAUCACCCUGUGUGGCUAGGAGGGAGCCAAAUUCUAACAGGUAUUGGAAAGGUAGGGAAGGAAAGGAUUAGGGCUUAUUUGCAGUAGGGAAGGUUGUGUGACUGAGGAGAAAAGGGGGGUCCCCAGAGAAGAAACUUGAAGGCCUCAAAUAUGAUCUUCUGUGAUUAGCAACAUAUUCAAAUCAUAUAAUUCUUUUAGCCUGCUUCUGCAAAACUCUGGGAUUCUUAGGUAUCUCAAUCCAAAGAGAAAGGCUGAAUGACUGGUAACCAGGAACCCAACCUGCCCUCCUCAACCACAGCAACUCCCAGAUCUUCUGACUCCUCAUUCAUUGGUCUUUCUCUUACAUUGUCAGGUCUCCUGGGUUUGUAAGAGAACAGGAAAUAUUGUGAAUUCAGGUGUGAGGAAGAGGUCAAGAGCAGAGGUGAUGGCUCCACCUGGUUAAAAAACACCCCCUCCAACUCCCUGGGUGGUGGAGAGGCUUGGGGUCGGAGAACUUCACAGUGUGUGCAGCUUGCACCCUUGGAAAGUCAGUGUGUGAUAGCUGAAAUGAUUUUUGAAAAACAAGAGGAAGAGGAUGUGAUUAGGGGCAGGUGUUUCCUUCUAAGAGGGCAGGCUGGAGCAGCAGUUAUAGGAGCUGGGUCCCCACAGCCUCAGGCCUUUCCAAUAGCCCUUCAGAGCCAAGAAACAGGUAUUUUUAUUGUUGCAUCUUAUGGCUGAGGGCACAGCCUACCGACUUGUAAAGAUUUCUUUAUAGAAGCUUUGUGUGGCUUUGUUGUGAGACCAAAGGUCCACUCUGCAGCAAAGGCAGCCCAGCCCAUGAUGAUAAUGUUUUAUUGUGAGAGCCUACCCUACCCCUUGUCCCAUUUGAAGCUCCUCCCAUAUCCUCACAGCUUUGCCUAAUGUGCCUUGAUUAUCAGUGGUCCCCCCUGGGGGACUGGGAGCUACAGGAUCUGGGGAGAAGGGGAUCUCACUCACCACCCAUGGCUUGUCACAGAAGUUGUAAAUGGAUUCCAGUGAGUUGAUGCUGGGGAGGCCUGCAUACUGCAUGCCAAUAAUCAGGUGGCGGAAGUCCUCAUUCUCUGCCAUGCCAAAUGCAUGCUGCCGGAUAAGCACAAAGUCCGGCCGGAAGGACCUGGUAAAAAUGUAGAGGCAAGUUUCCCAUCAACCAGCAUCUCAGGUCACACAUCAUCUCAUCUCCUAUUUCCAAAGCCCUAGAUAGAAAAGGGAUAUUCAGGGCCACCUGGUGUAAGCCCCUCAUUUUAUUAUUAUUAUCCUUUCAUGGACUAGGAAGUGAGGUAUUAUGGUACUUCUCAGAGGAAAUUUAAGGAACAGAUGUAUGAAGUUCCCUUAUUCCUCUGGAUUAAGCAUUGUCUUUUUCUAAGGUACAAAUUCCUCAGGAGGGAAGAAGUACUUUCAGACCCAUACACCUUAAAUGAACAAGAAUAUGGGGAAAUGUGAGAGCAGAAGUUCCUUGUGACUUCAGAUUUCAUGCUCCAAGAGGAUCCCAGAAGACUCUAAGGACAACAUAUGUGGCUGACUUCACAACCCUGCCACGGAGAUCCCUGAUCUCAGUGCCCUCUUCCAACUGCUUAAAGGUAAUCAGGCCCCCAGGAGAGUAAGGGUUCAGGCUGACUGAGAACAGAUGCCAAGCUUCCGGAUGUUAUCCUUCCAAAGCGUAUGCUAGGGAGGGGUGCAAAUAUUUCUCGAAGAACUGAGGUUGAGCAAUGGCUACAGGAAGCACUAGGAGUACAGAAUGUUCCCAUGCAUGGGAAGGCUUCCUGUGUUUCCCCUCUAGCCAGCAAAGCUCCUUGCCUCAGCUGCUCCAUCUUCAUGCCCUGACUCCAGAGGAACCCCAUCUUUCCAGAGAGUCAGUUCUGUGGCAGCAUCUACCCUCAAGGCUCUAGAGCUUGCCAGUUUCAUACCGUAUGCAGUGACCUACCUGGUUCUCUGCCCAGGCCACCCAUACAACCCUGAUCUGCAGCUCCAGUACCACCUGGCCUCAAAGACCAGUCUUUUUAAUGUGGGGUUGGAAGAAGCCCUCCUCAGUCAUGCAAGGGACUUAGCAUCAAGUCAGUAUGGCAUGUGCUAGAGCUGUUCUGACUUCCUUGUGCCCAAGUUCUGGGAAACUGGCUCCAGCCUAUAUGCCUGAGAUCAAAACUUACAUAUCAGUUAUAGGAACUGAGCUGCAGACUUCCUACACAGGCCAGCUCUCAAGUUCCUACACUCGUACCUGGAAGGGCCUGCCUUAUUCUUGCCAGAUCCCUCCUGACACCCACUAUGGACUUUUCUGUCACCACCUGCUUCUGUGCAUGCAUCCCUAUGACUCAUUCUACCUGCAGCUGGAGGAGCCCAUCGUUUUCUUGAGCUCACUCCCUACCUGAACGGACAUCUCUUUUACUGUCCUCCUCAGUCUCCAGGAUGGAGGAGUUUACAUUUCCCUGUUGUUAAGUUCCCGACACCUGAGUUUUGCCUUCCUUGUCACUGAGCCAGUUCCUGUUGGACACUGGAGACCUCAGUGUCAGGAUGCUGCAGAUGGAGGUAGGGAAGAGGAUAAAGUGAAGAUUCUUCCUGGAGCAAGAUUCUGAAGUCUAAAAACCUGAUGCCAUGCUGGACCCCUCGGAAGAAUGACACUGUGGGAACCAUUUUUCCCGAUCUGGAAUUCUCAUUACCUCCCCUAACAGAAUUGUUGUAUUAGAUUUGAUCACAUCUAUAAGUGAUAUGAUCCAACACACCACCUGGCAUGUGAGUGUCCUGUUAACUGCAAAUUUUCUUCCAUCCACAAUGUCCCUUCCAACCUAGACUUUCCUAUCAGACUUAUGAAUUCCCAGGACUAAGGAAUAUAGAAAGAAUACAGGGAUGGGGGUUGAAAGAAUACAGGGCUAGGGGUUAAGAGAAUAGAGAAACACAAUGUUCUGCCAGCAACUCACUGAGUAAAUUGAAGAAAAUCAAUGCAAAAUAGAAGGCUGAACUAGAUCAGAGGUUUUCAAACCUUUUUUUAAGCGAAGGAAUCCUAUUUUCCAGGGAAAAUAUAAAAGCACAAAAUCACACUGGUGGAAGGGGUGCUGGGGUCUAGAACUCCCCUAAUAGGACUCUAGUUACGUCUAAAUGAGUCCUGAGUCCUUUCUCUAUCAAUGGACUAAGAGCUCUGCCUUAGUUUUCUCCGCCUUCCUCUACUACUUGUACAUAGCACACAUCAUUAACUUCUGUACAAUAUACACAGCACUGCCUUCUCAAUCCAACACUUGACUUUGAAACCACCUCUGCAAACCAGAGACAAUAACUCCGAAGACUGUGACAGUGACCCUGAAGACAGAAAGGAGCUUACCGGACAACCUUUGUGCCAUUCCGGAGCACCUGCAUAUCCACAGCAUACGUCCCAUCUGCAUGGGCCACCAGGUUGAGCUCUGAAAAUUCCGCCUGGAAAAUAACAGUAGGGGAUUAAGAGGGUACAUUACAUGUUACAUGUUUUGUUUUUUUUUAACUAUAGUUAAAAUUGUAAAAAAAAAAAAUAAAAAUAAAUAAAUAAAAA